UGACAGAGUUGAUUUACGUCCAUUCGAAGCUGUUGAUCGUCGAUGACAGAGUCGUUAUUUGCGGCUCUGCUAACAUCAAUGACAGGAGUAUGCUGGGAACUCGGGAUUCGGAAGUUGCUGUGAUCAUUGAGGACGGAGAAAUGAUUGAAGGCGUGAUGAAUGGAGUGGAAGUGCAGGUCAGCAAGUAUGCGAGCAGUCUCAGGAAGCAGUUGUUUAAAGAACACUUGGGACUACUACCGGAGCAGAAUGAGACCAAUAGCUCGGCUGUGAUGAGGGAGGACUACGACGUUUCAGAUCCUAUAGCAGCUGAUUUCUGGAAUAACGUAUGGCUAGCCACUGCCGAGAACAAUACCCGAAUUUAUGAGAAGACAUUCAGCGUCAUGCCGACAGAUAAGGCGAAAUCAUUUGCGGCUUUGAAAGAAAUGCAGCGAACUGUUCCCCUGGCUAUCAGCGACAUGGACACAGCUCGGGAGGUUCUGAAGGGCAUUCGUGGCUAUUUGGUUCAGAUGCCG